AUCAUCCUUGUGUUGAUCUUGAAACGUUAUGCCAAUGGUGCUGGUGUGCGACUGCGGCCCUUCUGCUCAAGCUCAUUGCUAUUGGCCUGUGUGUUUUGUCGCGUGAAGUAGUCAUGUUUCCUUUUAGUGUGACCACGGCACUCUUUUCGUUAACUAAUUGUCUACCAACACAGUCAUAAUCGGAGCCUACUGGGAGCCUUGAAGGCGCCAGCAAAUAGUGAGAGCACCGUGGGAGCUGGUUGGCGUCCCUGACGCUUGUUCUCUCUUUUGCAUGGCAUGGUGAUUGCAUGGCUUGCUACCAUCAGCUUGGGUUGUAUUGCUGCGGAAGUAAGAGCCAUGAGCCUCUUCAGUCCCAGGGAGCGGCUCCGCACUAUGGCAGUGCCAUUAUUUGGCAGAAGCCGAGUCGGCAGCGUAGCAGAUACGGUAGAUGUGGACAGUAUAAAAUUGACAAACUACACAGACACGGUGCACCACUUGGACAAGUUCUAUGGUCAAGUGAAACGGCAACUGCUCAACUUCCAAAGCCCCACAACAGGACUAUUCCCACGGCUUUCUCGAGAUAAAGAACAUGGGUAUGUUCGUGACAGCAUCUACUGUGCUGUUGCUAUAUGGAGCCUUUACCAGUCCUACAAGAGGAUUGAUGAUGAUCGUGGCAAAUCAUAUGAGCUGGGCCAGAGUGUUGUUAAGUGUAUGCGUGGCAUAUUGUUUUGCUGGAUGCGACAGUCCAAGGACAAGAUGGAAAAAUUUAAAGUGGAGCAAGGGCCGCAGCAUGCUCUGCACUCAAUCUUUCAUCUGAAAACUGGCAUGACAGUCAUUCCUGAAAGUGAUUAUGGGCACCUACAGAUCGAUUCAGUGUCGCUUUAUCUACUGUAUCUUGUUCAAAUGAUCACCUCAGGGCUACAGAUCAUUUAUACAAUGGAUGAAGUGAACUUUGUACAGAACUUGGUGUACUAUGUUGAAAGAGCUUACCGCACACCAGAUUUUGGGGUUUGGGAAAGGGGCAGCAAGUAUAACAAUGGCACCCCUGAGAUUCACUCAAGCUCAAUUGGCAUGGCAAAAUCUGCUCUGGAAGCCAUCAAUGGUUGCAACUUGUUUGGCGACAAAGGCGCAUCAUGGUCUGUCAUCUAUGUGGAUGUUGAUGCUCACAACCGCAACAGAAGUAUUUUUGAGACAUUACUGCCUAGAGAGUCGAGUUCAAAGAACACUGACACUGGGCUCCUCAUGGCUGUGAGCUUUCCAUGUUUUGCCACCCAUGAUGACUACCUGUACAAACGCACAAAGGAUAAAAUAAUACGAAAGCUUCAUCGGAGUAAUUAUGGCAUCAAGAGAUUUUUACGAGAUGGUUAUGGCACUGUGCUUGAAGACAGAAGCCGGAAAUACUACACAUCAGGGGAAACCAAAGCAUUUGAAAAUAUCGAGUCGGAAUGGCCAAUGUUUUUUAUUCUUAUGAUACUUGAUGGUAUCUUCAAGGGCUUGGAUGAUCAAGUUCAGAAGUACAAGCAGCUACUAGCACCAAGAUUGAAGAGGGACAAAUAUGGAGAUGGCACUGUAGAUUCUCCGUCAAGAAAGCCCAAAGACUACAUUGUGCCUAUGUACUUCUACGUCCCCAAGGAGUUCCUUGAUGCGGAACGAACAGAUCCAGGAUCACAGCCCAGGUUGCCAAGCCCUGAAGGGGACGUGGACAACUUGUUCAUGAUGGGCCAGGCAUUGUACAUAAUCUCCAAGCUUUUAUUGGAGGGCCUCUUGCACAUCUCUGAACUGGAUCCAGUACGACGGUACUUGCCCUCUUGUAAUCGGCCUAGACGAACUGACAGAUACUCGGCGUUUCAGAGUGCAGCCACAGACCUGGUGGUGCAAGUGGUGCUGAUAGCCGAGAGCAUGCGGCUUCAGGCUAUGAUGGCAACAUAUGGCAUCCAGACUCAGACACCGCAUGAAGUAGAACCUGUCCAGAUAUGGUCUCCAAAGCAGCUGAUGAAGGUCUACGAAUUCCUAGGUGUGAACCGGAAGCUUGGCUUGAAGGGAAGACCGCAGCGUCCAAUUGGUGCGUUAGGAACAAGCAAGCUGUAUCGAAUAUGUGGCCAGACGGUGUUGUGCUAUCCGCUUAUCUUUGAGGUCAACGACUUCUACCUCUCACAUGACAUGGCGCUGCUCAUCGAUGACAUAAAGAAUGAGCUGACGUUUGUUGGAAAGUACUGGCGCAUGUCUGGUAGGCCCACGCUUGCCAUUGUUAUCAGAGAAGACAAUAUGAGAGAUGCCCACUUCAAGGAACUGCUAGACCUCCUAGCGAUGCUGAAAAAGGGCCACUGUGAUGGGCUGAAAGUGCGUUUGGGAAGGCUACAAAAUCUCAUUUCUUCAUCGUGCAUUGAGCACUUGGAUUUCCUGCACCUGCUGCCACAUGAUGCCCUUCCCAAGUUUGAUGCCUUCCAGCAGCUUGAGCAUACCAACACUGGCUACCAGAGCCUAACUGAUGUGUCCAAAGUCCACAAAUACAGCGAGCCAUCUUAUGAUUAUUCGUCGUUCUAUUCAAAGUCAAACAACGAAAUCGUAGAGGCCUUGGUCAGUGUGGACACACUGAAUGGUCAGAGCCAACUGCUGGGCAUAUUGUGGAGCAGAGUGAGCCCAAGUUUCACCAUAGACGGAGUGAUGCUCAAGGACAGGCUGGAAAAGCUGACAAGACAGGCAGGUGCACUCAAACACUGGGCAGUCGUGCGUCGCUGCUCCAGCAUUUUAGGAAAGGUUGUGGACAGUCUCAGUCCUUACAUCACAGCCAUUUUGGUCAAUGGAAAACAGAUCACUGUGGGUGUCUUCGGCCGAGACGAAGCUGUUAUUGAUAAGCCAUUGACCCCAAAGGAGAUUAAGAGCAUCAUCUAUGCACAGUGUAAAGAUCAUGUGUACCAUUCAGUACUGCUUCAAGAAGUAAUUGUUUAUGUCGGUCGCCUCAUCUCCACCACACCGAAGCUCUUUGAGGGCAUCCUCAAGAUCAGAACUGGGUCUGUACUCCAUGCAAUGAAUCUUUACCUCAAGUUCACACAAGCUGCUCCUCCGACACUAGAAAGUCUUUCUCCAAGUGAGCUGAGGAAAGUUGUGUACAACGUGUUCACACUGCGUGACAGCACUGAUGUCAAGUUGUCCCAGCACUGCACGAGACAGAUAGAAGGGGCACUAUGCAGAGUGCCCAAGGACUUCUUUGACAGAGUGUGGGAUGUCAUGACACGGACCCCGGGAGGAAUUGUUGUUGCUGGGCAUCAUCUACCACAGCAACCUACACUGAGUGAAUUAACCAUAUAUGACUUAAACUUUGCCCUUCAAGUGGAAAUGCUACUGAGCCACGUCUCUAUACCAGAAUACCGACAUGUCAUGAUCGAGCUUCUCAUGGUGAUUGAUGUGAUCUUGAAAAGGAAUCCAGAGUUCUCAUUUAGUGAGAAAGUUGACCUGGAUGUGUUGAUUGAAGAUGCAUUUAAGAUCUUCAAGAAUGAGCAGCACCCUGAAGAGUCUGAUGCGAAGAAUAUGACAUCCUUCUAUGACUCUCCGUCAUCCGUGACUUCAUGCUACCUUUCACGUGGAAUUAUGACACGUUUGCUUACUUCUGGCAUAGAAAAUCUGAGCACCGAAGAGUGCUGUAUAUCUUAAAAGGUCUUGCACAUUAGUGGUCUGAAAGUUAUUUCUUAUAUAGUCACACCUUGGGCACCCUGGUCCUGUUAUCCAAUCUAGUCCACCUUGCAGUCUGGUGUGUUAAACUUGUUGAUGUAGUAGUGAUUUUGAAAUAUACUGCUCCCCACUA